GAAAUUUUUGUAAAUACCCUCCUGUCUAGAGUCCAAAUAAGCCUAAUAAAACACUACAUUUCAACGCUUGCCAUAACAAAACCCUACUUCUUCUAUCUUUUUGCGCUUCUACACUAUUUUGAAUCCUCAGAACGCAGCCGCCGUUUGUGCUAUCCGCUUGCUUUUGUAAGCAUGGUGAGAGUUAGUGUCUUGAAUGAUGCUCUUAAGAGCAUGUAUAAUGCAGAGAAGAGAGGGAAACGACAGGUCAUGAUCAGACCAUCUUCUAAAGUGAUUAUCAAGUUUCUUUUGGUCAUGCAGAAACAUGGUUACAUUGGAGAGUUUGAGUACGUUGAUGAUCAUAGAGCUGGAAAAAUUGUGGUGGAACUGAAUGGAAGACUGAACAAAUGUGGUGUAAUCAGUCCUCGGUUUGAUGUUGGGGUCAAAGAAAUUGAAGGCUGGACUGCAAGGCUGCUUCCUUCAAGACAGUUUGGAUAUAUUGUGCUGACAACAUCUGCUGGCAUAAUGGAUCACGAAGAAGCUAGAAGGAAGAAUGUUGGAGGCAAAGUACUUGGUUUCUUUUAUUGAAGCAAAGAGUUACGAGGAAACAUUUGGAAUUUUGCCAUACUAAGAUGGAAAUUAUGCCUUUUGUGCUUUGGGAUGAUUUUAUCAUAUACCUUUAUGUUGAUUGAGUACUCUACUUAAAUGGAAGUUUGCGAUGAUUUGGUUGCCUAA